AUGUCAAGUGAAUCUACAAGAGCGAUUGCAGAUGGCAUCGCUCCUUCACACACCUACGUACCAAAUCAUGGCUAUGUAAAGGACGAUGUAGCACCGGCUAGGAGGAGAAUAACCUUGGGCCAGUUUAUCCAAGAAGAUGACGACGAUGACGCUGAAUACGAUGAAAGUCCAGACGCCCAGGGGACCGGCUAUGAAGAACAGGACCUCUACGACGAAGAACUGGACCGGGACGAGAUCCUCGACCCCGAGGACCUUGCAAAUUCUAACUCCACCGACCUGACAAAAUCUUAUAACAGACGGAGACGUCUCGAUGAAGCAACUUCAAACCCGAACAUCCCACCUUGGCAGUAUCCCAAAGCAAACCCUCAACAAAGACCAUCCCGAGGACCGGCCUUCAACUUGCAUCGCGAAAUGGACGAACUCAAGUUUUCCGGCUGGGGCGAAGAUGAGGAUGGCCGUCGCACCAAAGACAAAGAUAAAGACAAAAGCGAGCGCGCAACGGCAGAGCAAGUCCUGGACCCCAAAACUCGUCUGAUCCUAUUUUCGAUGAUCCAGAAAGGCAUCGUCUCCGAGAUCCACGGGACCAUUUCCACAGGGAAGGAAGCAAACGUCUACCACGCCGUCGCCACGUCUGAGGACGACUCACAAGAGGAUACCCAUGUCGCUAUCAAGGUGUACAAAACAUCCAUCCUCGUCUUCAAAGACCGCGAGAAGUACGUCACAGGCGAGUUUCGAUUCCGCAAGGGAUACAAAACCAGGGACAACAGAGCGAUGGUGAAGAUGUGGGCGGAAAAGGAAAUGCGAAACCUGAAGAGGAUCCAUGUAGCGGGGAUUCCCUGUCCUGAACCGCUCUAUCUUCGACGGCAUGUCCUGGGGAUGAGUUUUAUUGGGCACGGCAAAAAGGGAAAAGCGGCACCUCGGUUGAAAGACUUGGAGUUUGAAGACGAAGACGAUAGCACGAGAUGGCGGGCCAUCUAUGUCGAUGUGGUGACAUACGUCCGGAUCAUGCUGCAAAUCUGCAAACUGGUCCACGCAGACUUGAGCGAGUACAAUAUCCUGUACUACGAGAACAAGCCGUAUAUCAUCGACGUGAGCCAGAGUGUGGAAGGGGACCAUCCGCGAAGCCUGGACUUCUUGCGGAUGGAUAUUAAGAACGUCACUGACUUCUUCCGACGAAAAGGGGUGAAUGUGUUGGCGGAGAGGAAGGUAUACGAGUUCGUGACCAAAGCUCCGGCCCCUGCUGGCGGGGGUCUAGAAAUUGACGAGCUGCGGGGAGAAGUUGACAGAUUGAUGGCGGAGCGCACGGAGGAGGAACAAGAAGAUGAGGUCGACAACGAAGUAUUCCGCAAGCAGUACAUACCUCAGACGCUGGACGAAGUGUACGACGUGGAGAAAGAUGCAGAAACCCUGCACACGCAGGGCCGAGAGGCACUAGUGUACAAGGAUCUCCUGGCGCCGCUGAGAAGCGAAGAUGCACCAGCCGCGGCCGAGUCAACGCCCGGCCUAGUCCCGAACAACAACCUCUCCUCCGACGUCCGAGACCAUGGAUAUCUCGACGACGAAGCAGGCGGCGCUGCUCUCCGUCCGGACGACUCGGACGGCUCAGCGGCAACCGACGACGACAAUGACGACAACUCCGAGUCCUUAUCCGACUCCUCGUCGCCAGGCCGGCCGCGCGGGAAACGGUUCCAGGACAAGGACGCCAAGCGCCAGCACAAGCAGAGGGUCAAGGAGGAGAAGCGCGAGAAGAGAAACAACAAGAUGCCCAAGGCCACCAAGAAGAAACUGGUCAAGGACUCGACGCGGCGGAGUAAGCGGUGA